UUUGAGUUACGAUUUUAUUUUUAAUGCAUUCUUUAUUGUAUCCGGCAGUAAUGGAUUCAUAUUUUGUCAUUAAAAAGUUCGUUGCCUCCGGCUUGGUUGUAAACGGCGGAACAACUACCAAAAAUUGGCGCCGGUCAGAAACAUUGCUAUAAUACUUACCUGUUUCAGUUAUUUUACAAACACCGCAUAUUAUACAUUGCUCUGGUUAUUUAAGUGGCUUAGGGUGGUUGAAAUAUGUGAAUAGUAGGUAACGUAAACUUGAUAAAUCUACUGGAAAACUUUGUGUUUGUUCGGCUUAUAGCUUGAAAGGCGCCAGCUGGCAUUACCACCGUAUCCAGUCAUGGAAACAGGGUACUGGAAUUUCCCCGAUGGUGAACAUUUUUCCACUUCUAAUUCUCUUUAUGGUCAGAGUCUGAUGGAAGAUACAAAACAUUCAUUGCUGGACAUGGAUAUCCUAUCAGAUUCUUUCAUACCAUACGAAAAUGUGCAGCAAUUUGAAAGAAGUGAACCAGAUUUGUGGGAUACGGAAACUGAGCUAAAUGGUGACAUAGCUGUGCUGCCAAGAGCCAUGUCUAAACAUGAAGGCCACAGCAAAGAGGACUUUCAUAAAGUUCUGUCGGAUUGGCAGGAGCAUGUUGGAUCAAUGCAGGCAUCCGACACAGAAGAUAUGGACGUCAAGGACAUUGUAGGGCUUGACAUUGCAAUGCCACGGAACUUUUCGGAGCAUCUUUCCGAAGGCAUCUUCGAUGAAGAAACUUCUUUGGACUCCGAGGUGAAAACGUGGCAGCCUUCUAGCAAAUCAAACAGUAGUGGACAAGCAUUUCUCACUACCAUUGUCAAAGAAGAGUACAAUUUUGAUUUGGAUAACUUUUUAGAUUGUGACGAUGAUGGUGGUGAUGACGAUGAUGACGUCAGCCUCAAGGUUGUUGAAGAGGAUGUUCAGGACAGUCUGAGCCGUGGAGAUUCACACCUGGAAUUUCAAGAAGAAAGUGAAGGAAUAUUUGGCAACAUCGAAUUGCCAAUGAUUCAGUCAGCUAAGAUAGUCACUUCAGUAAGCAAUAGCCCUAAAAGAUUAUUUCCUGAAUAUAGCUUUGAAAAAAUUAAUCACUUUAAAAUGGCGGGAAUAAAUAAUGAAAUGAACACUAUAAUAAUAAAGGAUGAGUUAGAUAUAUUAGACUUUGAAGAAAAUAAAAUACUACUUGACGAAGAACCAAUCGACAGUAUUAUGAAUGACUCUGAAGUUGAGAAUAAUGAACAUGAGUUGUUUCAAAAUUCAGUUCAAGUGGUACACGAUGCAUUUCAGAUGUUACCCAAUUCAGUUCAAGGACAACCAAAUUCAGUUCAAGUGCAACCUGACCCAGUUAAAAUGCAACCUGAUCCAGUUAAAAUGCAACCUGAUCCAGUUAAGGUUCAACAUAGUCCAGUCAAAGUUCAAACUAAUCUAGUUCAGGUGCAACAUAGUCCAAUCAAAGUUCAACCUAAUUUAGUUCAGGUGCAACAUAGUCCAGUCAAAGUUCCAUCUAUUCCAGUUACAGUGCAGCCUAAUCAUGUUAAAGUGCAACAUAAUCCAGUUAAAUUGCAACCUAAUCCUGUUAAAGUUCAACCUAAUCCCGUUAAAGUGCAACCUAAUCCCGUUAAAGUGCAACCUAAUCCCAUUAAAGUGCAACCUAAUCCCGUUAAAGUGCAACCUAAUCCAGUUAAAGUGCAACCUAAUCCAGUUAAGGUUCAUCUUCAUCCAAUAAUAAAAUCUGAGGAAAAUGAAGAUUGCAUUGAUGUGGAAACUGUAUCCGAGCAAAUGCCAGUGUUGGAGGCGGGCGACCUGAAGAGCUUGCUGGAGCAGUUCGAGGCGUCGGAGGCGGUCAACGGCUCGGGUCCUCCUGAGAAGCAGUCUGUGCUGGACUCUCAUCUCUUCGCCAUGGCGACUCAGCAGCCUCCCGCCCCUGCGGGCUCCUCCCCGCUCUCGGGAUCUUCCAAGCUGGCUGCGCCGAGCCUGUCGCACCAGAACAUCAAGGACGCCCUGCCGAAAGAAGUGAUCGACAGGAUAAAGGCGUCUGGCCGCAAGAAGGUGAUCCCCGUCAUCCCGGCCAUGCCGAGCAAGAAGACCGGGAGAGCCGCCACUCGCAUGCAGGACGCCGGAGCGGCGCUCAGCCGGAACAAGCUGCUCAAGAUCGUGUCUGGGAACGCAGGAGGAGAAAGUGUGCAGUUGGACCAUGAUUAUUGCUGUUCUUCAGGUGAAAACUCUCCAACCAAAUCAUUUUACCAUUCCGAUGCUUCAGAGUACUGUGGGAAGAGUGCGGAAAAUUUGUUCAAUAAGUCAGAUACUCACAAAGACAGCGUGUACUCGCGACUGCCGGACUACAUCGUCAUGGCGCCCCAAGCUAAGAACAACAAAAAGCCUCCCAGCAAAGAUGAAGAGUGCUGGGAGAAGAAUGCCAAGAAGGACAGUGGCUUGGAAUCCGGUGAUGUGAGUGAUGCUAGCGAGGAAACCCUGACGCCUCCGGGCAGCGUUUUCACUCCGGUCCACAGUUUCCCUGAGCUGAACGAGACGUGGAAGAAAACUCGGUCCCCUAAGCAGGCCGGUUCCUCGGAUGUCAGCAACGUUCUCUCCGUCAAUGGCAAAGACAUCGAUCUGGAAGCGGUGGGUGUGAACGUUUCAAGCUUGUCCAAAAAGUCCAACAACUGCAAAGCUGUGCAGAACCAGCCAAAGCCGAGGGAAAUCACCAUGGUGUCAGUGUUGAAGAAAUGCCAAGCUCCGGUUGUUGCCCCUCGCACCGCCCCGUGCACCGACGUCCGCGAAGACACCGAAAAUGUUGCUUCCAGUAACGCUGAGACAAAAGAGGAGGCCAGGGAGACGAAGAAACGUAAAAUAAACUUGGAGCAGUACCGUAGCCGCUUGAAGGAACUGGACAAAGCCCGCCCCGGCGACGGAGGUGUGUCGGACCCGCCUUGCGUAGACUCGGUGGAACCCGCGAGUGUUGGAGCGUGUGCGCCUGCCAGCGUUGUCGUUGACGGGGAUGCCAACUGCGCAAGUGACAGAACUGGUGGUGAGGUCAAGGAGCAAGAAACCCGCCCUAGUGUUUGUAGUGUCGAGAUUCAGACUCAGUUGAACUACUCUAGUGGGGUGCCUUCGGCAGAAAACAAGGAAGAGAAGACAGAGAGCGGAGGGGGCCGCUCCCGCGACAGGAGGCACAAGCAGUACCGGUCGCGCCGGGCCAGCAGCUCCUCCAGCUGUGCUUCCUCGUCCUCGUCCUCGUCGCGCAGGUCGCGCAGCUCGCGUCGGCGCGUGGACACGCACUCCCGGCGCCGGCGGAGGAGAAGCAAACACAACAGCUCGGGCAGUGCGUCGGGCAACCGCCACCACAGGUUCUGGUCCAGAUCACGGUCGUCUUCACAUUCAUCUUCGUGUUCUAGCUCAAGUAGUAGGUCUGGAUCCCGCGGCAGACCUCGGAGGAGCCGCAGCAGGCGGAGCUCCCAGGCAUCGCUCCACUCACAGUCAGGCAGGCGUAGUUGUCAGAGCUGGAGGCCCUUUGGGAAUAAUGUUCAUGGGUGGAGGAGAUCCCGUUCACCGAUCCACAACACCUGCAGAAACAAUGUUGGUGAUUGGCCGCUGAGCGAACGCGAAAAGCUACGGCAGGUCGAGGAGAGACGUGUUGUGUAUGUGGGGCGGAUAGAUGAAGGCACUACGAAGGCAGACUUAAGGAGGCGAUUUGAAGUGUUUGGCAACAUUGUAGAUAUUAGCGUUCAUUUUAGGGAACAUGGUGACAACUAUGGAUUUGUUACAUUUCAAUACAAAGAUGAUGCAUAUAAUGCUGUGGAGCAUGGGAAUGACGAUCCAAACAGUCAAAAGUUUGACCUUUGUUUCGGAGGUCGGAGAGCAUUCUGUAAAACGCGGUAUGCUGAUUUAGAUGGAAUAGCAACUCACGACGAAGAUCUAGCAGUUGCACAGAAUGCUUGGAAAGUUAGGAGACGUCCGAUACAUACUUCACAUAAUAAGAAUUCUUUUGAUCUUCUCCUUCGCGAAGCUCAAGCCAAAUUGCAAAAACGUAAUGUUUGACAUACGUUGUUAGUAACGAGGACAGUUAUUCUCAUGGUACGAAUAGACUGGCUAAUUUAUUGUAGAACUGAAGUUGAAGUAAUGGCUUUUAUGUCUAUCCGUUAGUAUUGACUGUAGAGAUUUUCCUGCCGGUGUUGAAGUCUGGACACAUGAAGGCAAUUGUGUACCAACUUUGUGUACUGUAAAAAAAAAAACACAGGAAGAAGUUUUGUGUUUGUCUUUGUCAGAUAAUGCUAGAAUAUUUAGUAGUUUCUGGAAGAGAAUGCAGUUUGCUUUGAUUCUAGUUAAUUUGACGUGACAAUAAGUUUCUACAGAUGUUUAAUUGCGCAUGCUGUAGAGUUGAGUAUUUAUUCAACAAGGAUGAAAAUAUAUACGGUAGAAGGAAGAUUGGUUGACCCAGGGUAGUAAUGUCAGAAAAUAACUUUUUUCUUGGUUUAUAUAGACAGGUUGUUAUUAAAUGCUUGUGAUGGUUUGAUUAUAUAAAAUUGUAAAGCUGUCUUUUGCAGAUCUCUUGGCUUGGUCACAGUGAGACGUGUAUAUCAAAUAUGGGAGUGUGCAAACUGGCAGUACGUUAGUACAAACUUCUUUUUUGCGGGUGUUUUUCUUUUUUUUAUUUGUUUUGUAUGGUAAUUUUAAGAUUCACUACACAGUGUUUUAUUUCCAGUUAUAAUUUCUGUUAAGUAAAAUCAGAACCAGUGGUAACAUUACAGGAUAAGAUGAUUCCUCUUUGGUUGUGUUAAAAUAAAUGUAAUAUUUUCAGACUAACACAAGUUCUUGCUGUGUAGAGUCAACAUUUAACAAUUUUUGUAAUUUGGUGGUAAAAUGUUCUGUCAGUGUUAAUAAUGAUAAUGUUUAAUCAAACUCGUUUAUACACAUUCAUGUAGACAAACAUAAUUUCCAUUUGAAGUACUAUUGAGACAUUUUAGUUUAAGAUGGUUACAAAAAACCUUUAUAAUUUUAUUGUAUAUUAAGUAACUGUAAAUAUAUGUAAGAUAAGUAUUUUAUUGAUAUGAGAUCAUUUUUAUGUGGAGUUGUUUCAUUAUCUAUGAGAAUUUGUGCUUUAAAUGGCAGCUUGGAGCUCUAAUGUUGGAACAAGUGCAAUUUGACACUUUUUAUUUCUAAUAAGUUUCAUUCAUACUCACAUAAAUAAAAUGUUUCAGAUUUUUUCCUUAAAUGAAUAGAGCCAGUUGUAGAAUUGCUUUGCAACAUUUCUGUAGUGACAUACUAAAUGUAAAUACAAUGUAACUAAAAGGUUUUUUUUUUUUUGUAGUAAGUUAUGAAACUAGCAUACAUAAGCAGAAUUAAGAUGUAUAAAUGUUAAACAGGGUUCUACUAUAUUUCAGAACAAGAUUGUGCUAAAUUCAUAUUUACUUUGCUGGUUUUCCGCAAGUGGGACAGUAGUGUUGCAGUGAGCCAGGCUUCCCUUGGUGUUCUUCCAUUUCCCCCACCUAUUCGUUCCUUCGAUGCUCCAUUCUGAUCGCCCCGGUUGUUGACGAGAUAUUAUCCCUAAUCAUUCAGGUUAACUUGAAUUUUUUAUGUCUUAAUUUUCAUUGGAAAAAUUAUUUAGGAACCAAAAAUCUUUCUGUUGAAAUAUAUUUAUCACCAUUUAUGUAUACGUCUCUCCCUUAGCUAUUUAUUUAUUAUGAUACAGUAUUUAUGUCAUGGCUAUUUUAUGGGGGAAAUAUUUUUCUACUUUACCUGAGUGUCACAAAUAAGGUCAAGAGUAUGUAUAACUUAACACAGUUUCUGUACAAGAAUGUUAUACUGUAUUUUAUAACUGUACAAAUUAAUUGAAAUUUUGUAAAUAUUCUGAAACUUAGAUUUUCACAUACAUCAUUUUAAUAAAGUAUGUUCAAUGUGUAUAUAUACUUGAAUAAUGCCAUAUGUUCGUUCUGAAAUAUUUACCCAUUUAAAGCAUGUUAUUAAAAAUUUUUCUAUUUAUUUAGAUAUAUUAAUUUGCUUUGCAAGUGUUUAGAAUACCAUAAAUUAAAAGAAAAUUAAAUAUUAAUUGUCAUGUGAAGCAGUAGACAAUGUAAUUUUAAAAUAAAAUUAACUGAUAGCGAGGAGUGAGAGAAAUGAGAAGCUUAUCGUGUUUAAUCACAUAAUCGUCGCACUGUUAUUUUAGGGCGUUCAAAUUUAGACAAAAAAAAUACUUGCAUAAGCGUUGCAUGAUGUUUUGGUCCCACUGUUAGAUUCUGAGCGCUUUGUGUAUGCUUGUUAGUUUUCCCAUUUAGAACAAUGCAUUUUAAAGGUGAAAUCCAAUAUUCAUUCUGAUAUUUUCAAUUACUUAUUUAUAGAAGUACUAAGUUUACUUAUGUAUAAAAAAUUUUUAAAGACGUUUUCAAGCGUUAAACCUUUAUCUGUUCAUUUUAGUCAUUGCUGUGUACUCAUAAAAAUGUAGCCAGCGCUAGUUGGCAUCAUUCAUAGUUUGGUUGUGUUGAUUCCCGUAUAGAGCGUGCGCACGUAGUCGAAUAUCAAUAUAGAUAGCUCACUGAUUGCAUGCAAUGCGUGCGCUCAGUCCCAUGCCGAGUUAAAUGUGUUUGAUAGCCCGCAUUAUUCAUGGUACGAUAAUAAUUAUGAGUUAGUUCCGGCUCAUAUUUAGGUUAUGGUUUUCAUUUUUCUAUUUAAAGUUGAACAAAAAUUUUUUGUUGCAUGACUUAUUAAUUGUUUGGCGUGCUUUUGUAUACCCUACUUUUUUUAAUAAACAUACUGUCAUGAAUAGGUUUUUUUUUUAUUAAUAACUUCACCUAACAAAAAAAUUUAUUUCAAAAAAUCACACCCCUACUUUUCAAAUUUGAUUUUAGUAUAAAAUGAGCGACAAUUAUGCAAUUAAACACGGUAUUUAAGCUGGAAACAGUUCAGAAGUCACAAAAAAAAUUGUUUUUGUGUAUGGAUUAUAAAUGUUAUAGCAGGAGUCACAAUCAUAUUUAUUUUAUCAUUGCACCUCCAGAUGUUCUUUUCUUGGUAAUGGCCAGGUCUGACUUGCAUUCUAAACCAAAAGUUACAUAAUUUGUGGGAUCGCUUAAGUCCGUAAAACGGAUUUAAGAUAGGGUGUAGGAUUCCACUAUGUGGAACUUUAUUCCUAUGUGUACAGAGAACAUUUUUUUCUUCCCCUUUUAAUGUAACAAAACGUUUCUUAAAUGUUUGAGGUUCUCAUUUGUGCUAAUAAUGAAACCCUGUAUUUCUGACAGUAUUUUAUAAACUUUACCUAAUUCAUGAGGUUUUGGAAUGGCUCGGCUUUUAUUAAACCAGUGGUGUUAAACGGCGGUCCACCGGGUGAUUUUCUGCUGCCCACGGGCGAUGCUUCAGUGAGCAUUGCUUUUCCUUCGAAUCUCCAUGAGUACGAGGCAGGCUGCGUUUAUGAACGUCGUCUGGUGGCCUUUUGUGACUGCCCGCUGCCUACUGGAUACAUUUUAUAACUGAUUGAAUAAAUAUUGCCUAAGUUAGUUUCAUUGAUAAAAAAUAAUUAAAUGAUAUUUAACUAGUUUUUUUUUUUUGUAAAAUGUAUUGGCAUUUCUAAACAUGAAUUGAAAUGGCCAGAGUUUAAAUUUAAUACUUUUACCCUACUAUGUUUUCAUAUAUAUUUUUGCACAACAUAUUAGUGUUGGAAAUAUUUUUAAAUCUUUAAAAAUGUUGUUUUGGAAAAUUAGAAGUAAAUAAUAAAAUGAAAACAUUUCAUUCAAAUUUAAUUUAUCCUAUGUGCUUACGUCAUAUUCCAGAAUAAUGACGAACUUUAAAAAAAAAUUGUAAUAAUUGUGGCAAUAUAUUAUUGCGUAUUUGAUAAAGUGCAGCCAGCAACACUUAGCUGAGGGAACAGUUGGUCCGUAAUUCAAGUAAAGUUGAAGACCACUGGCGUAAGCUAUAAAUUUAAAUUUUUCUUCUACUUUUGAUCAUUUUUUAUCUUCAUCUCAUGUGUUCAUAAUGGUGUACAUUAUGUAUUUUUCACGUUUCAUCCAUCUGUCCCUCUAAUGUUUACGCAUAAGUGGUGGGAAAUAUGUUUAAUGCAUAAUUUUGAAAAGAUUUUUCCACUAUUUUCUAAGUCAAUGAGAGUGUAAAUAUGUAGUUUGUUGGAAAGAAAGAAAAAUCAAAAGCUUUGCAAAUAAUCUUUAAAUGCUCUAUUUACAGUUAGUGGUUUAUGUAUUUUGUUUUUUAAAUAUAAGUAAGAUUUUGGUUUAGCUAUCUUCAUUUUCAUGUAAAAAAUACAAUUUUUUGUGUUAUAAUUUUUUUCCUCUGCACUAUUGAAACAAGAUUGCAUAAGUGUAUUAUUUUCAGUUAAAUUUGAUUCUCUAGUGCAUGAAUUUUGUUAUAGUUACAUUUUUUUAACAUUGCAAAACUGAUAGCUAAAAUUAUGAAAUAUAUUGUGGCUCUUCACCACUACAAUGUUUCUUUUCUUGUUUGUUUUCAUUAAAACUAUACCAAACUGUACAGUAAAUUAGCUAGUCAAAAUUUGAGUGGGUUAUAACCCUAACUUAAGGGUAUUUCGCUGUUUGCAUGUUUUAGGAGUACAGUAAAACCUCGUUUAUCCAGCCCGUAUUGAUGCAUAUCUCUGGAUAAUCCAGAUCAGAUUUGUAGACAUUUUAUUUAAUGUUCACAUAAAAAAUUUUAACUACUUUAGCAAAAAUGUAAUUCAAAGUACGCCAAAUGUUCACUUGUUAAUUUGAUUCAAUGUACAGUUCCUGCAUCAAUGGUAUAAUUAUGGUAAUAAAUUGGUUAUUGUUGAGUUUAAGAAAGCUUACCACCAGACAAACAGAAUGACAUACGGAAGCAUCAGCCAGACACCACUUCAGCUGAACUAUUCAUGAUAAUAUAUUAGCAUGACUUUGCUUAAUUCAAACACCAUACAUAUUUGAAACAAGAAAGUGGACACAUUCUUUGUUAAGAAUUGGUGUGUAAAGUAAUUUUUAGAUUUUUGUACCGUCUUGCAAAAAAAAUAUAGGACAUGCAUACUAGAAUUUUUUGUCACAACAUUUUUUUUACCAUGAUAAACAUUAAGUAUGCAUAUUUAAGGAUAUUAUUUUGCUUACUGCCUGAAAUUGUCCGGAUUGCCAUUGGUCCCAAUUAGUCUGGAUAUACAAGGUUUAACCAUAUUCCAGUUAAAGUUGUAGGUACCCUGAAAGUGCAAAUUUUUUUAUAACUGAUUACUUUCAGCUCUGAAAUCAAUAAAAAACAAGUCAAAAAUAAAAUAAUAUCUACUAAUAUUUCAAUGUUUUGUUGUUUUAAAAACCUUAUAAUGAUGUGUGCUUUUCAGUACCUAAUUUUUAUGGUGAGUCAUGUAUAUUCAUAUAUCAAGGAUUAAUUUUUUAAUAGGGAAUGGAAAUUAGUACAUUUUUAAAAUUAACGAUAAGAAAUGUUAACCAGUUAUUGGUCGUGUGUUACAAUGCUACACCAUUGGUAGUAAGUCAAAAUUUUUCUCACAUUCGCUUUCAUUAUAAAAAUGUAUCGGAUUAAAUAAUACUUAUUUGCUCUUUUAUUUAUUCUGUAUGUUUUGUGCCCUAAAAUUAUUUUGAUGUUACAUUAUGUUUUAAACACAACAAAACAUUUAAAUAUCAGUAGUUUCCUUUUAGCCUUUCAUAAUAAUGCCUAAGAAUUGAAUAAAGGCUGUGAACAUAACUUUAGGUUAAAAAAAACUAUUAAGUACGUAUAAUUAUAAGUGAAGUUUUUGAGCGACUCAGAAUAUUUAUCUUCGUGGGUUGGGCAAGUGUAAGUAAAAUGUUCCAGCAGACGGGAUGGCGCAUUUGGCACACAAUUUUUUUUUUCCUCCAAGAAACAAUAAAACAUUAGUAAAUAUUUCCAGCAUCAUUGCAAAAAUAAAAAUAAAAUAUAGUCAUUCUGCAGUGACACCUACAGUGAUAUCACGCCGGUAAUCAUAGAUCUGUCUCAAGGUCAACAAUACUUCAUUCGUCGCAACCAAUUUUGGGUGUUUGCCAAUGAAAGUUGAAAACUCUGCUAGAGGAGAGGACUAGGCUGCUCUGGCUUAUUUUCAAAAAUAAUAGCCAUAUUUUUUUAGUUUUGAGAGAAAUGCUCAUACCAAAACCAAUUGGGGCAAGUUAGGUUUUUAUGAUCACUUUUAAAUCACACUCCAUUGUAUCAGAUAUAUCUUUAGUUAGUGUAAAUACUUUGUUGUAUCAUUGCUCGUAAGACACUACCAAUGUUCAACUUAGAUCUUUUACAAGAAUUUAAGUUAUGUAAAUUCAGAUCAGUUAAAAAUUAUCACUUGUUUUGUCACUGUUAAUGCGCCGACAUAUUUAGGGUUCCUUACUUAACUGCGCAGAACCCUGUAAUGGCAGACAUGUCAGCUUGUCUAAAUGUGUUAAGCUUUAAGCUUAUGUAUAAGCUGUAUAAAAUACCAAGUUGUGUGUAAUUUUCACAAUGAAAGUUGUGAUGAAUUUUUUGUAAUUAAUUGUUUGGGUAUACUUCAUGCAUGUUAAGAGGUGAAGUUAAGAAUUUUAUGAACUGGUAGUUAUGGCACUAAAUUGAAGUUAUAAUAGUGAGGCAUACUAAUAAUUAUGAAUUUUGGGCAUGUUGUCUAUUCAAAAACCAUAUUAAUGAUACUUCUAUCGGAAGUAAUUUGUCAGUUACGAGCUACUUCAGUUUGUGGUUUGAACCCAUUCCUCAUCUUGACUCCUUUAUUGAGCACCGAAUCGGUACAUGAGUGGUUUGGAGUUCGACACAAUCUUGAAUGUCCAUUGUAGGCUUCUGGGCAUAACCAUGAAGCACGGAACCCGGUCGUAACUUUACGGUUUACGUUGCUGAAAAUUAGCAACCAGUUAUGAGUAAAAGAGGUUGAUGUCUACAGAGUUAAAGAUUUAAACAAAUAGUUAUCUUUAACACAAAUAUGAUUUGAAGGUUUAUGUGAACAGCUUUAAUUGUUUAUAUUUAAACUCCUUUUGUUAUCAGUUAAAGAUUUAAAUAAAUAAUUAUCUUUAACAUAAAUAUGAAAGGAGGGUUUAUGUGAACAGCUUUAAUUGUUUAUAUUUAAACUCCUUUUGUUAGCUUGUUCUUCUACUUUUCUUUCCAUUGAACUAAUAAAUUUUGCUUCUUGUAUAAUUUAUACAAUGUAGACUGGCUUGUUCUUUUGAAAGUCAUAUUCCCUCGACUUUGUGCUUUUGAUUACAUUAAUACAAGAAAUUAAAUUUACAAUCAUUUGCUUGUAGAGCAUUCAUAGUUAGGACAUUGUAGUAAAUAAAAUAAAUACGUGUAACUGGCUUGUUCCAUUUGUUGGUGGGAAUGAUAAAGAUUUUUUUAGGAUUUCGAGGGGGGGGGGGGGGUGAAUUCUCUCACCCCUCCCCUGCGUACACCCCUAAAAUGUACAUACCCAGAGAAAGUGGAUUUUUUUUUUUUUUUUUUAUAUUUGCUUACAUAUUUUAAACAAUGUCAAGUCUUGGAUGUUCUUUGUUUGGUUCGAUACUGGAUUCUUGUAUAUUUAAUAUUUUGGUUGGUUGCAUAGUAAUUUAUGUAAUGUCUUACUAUUAUUUGUAAAACAUGCUGGCCUCUGUUCAAAAUGUUUAAUUUGUUCAAUUUGCACACCCCUUUGUGAAUACGUGUGAUGAUGUUCGUUGGUGGGUGUCUGUAAAUGAACACUACAUUUUAUGCCAGAUAAAAACAUUAUCAGAUGCUGUGCUGUCGAUAUUUAUUUCUUGUGCAAGGUAAAUAACUGUAUGUAUUAAUAUUUAUUAAUGGGAUGAUUGUUAAUGUUCCUGCAACUUCAUUCCUUCAGCAGUGACAAUUGAUUGUAAAUAUUGUGGUGAUUUGAAGUUCUCUGGUCAGAGAAUAUAAACUUAGUACAUAUUUGAUUUGUUUACUGAAGCUGAGAAAAGGGUGGUUUUUUUUUUAAAACCUGGUUUACCUUCUACUGUCUGUGUACAGUAACGUAGUUGUUAAAUCGUAAUAAAUAAAUGAUAUUACAGUUUCAUGUAAGUUUUAUUCAAAAUCCUUUUCUGUUGAAUUCGUUCAUGUAUGUACAGCUUGUGGAAUUCUUUUUAGUACCUAAUAAUUUAUUAGUGCAAUGUGCAGUUUAGGUUUUCUUAUUUUCUUAAACAAAACUAAAUUUUUUUAAAUUCUUUUUUUAAUCUAAAAAAACACAAUAUUUUACUGUAGAAGUUAGGCAUGCACUGUUUAUGAUCACAUUAAAAAUAUUUAUGCUGUGUAAUUAAUUAUUCACACAAUUUGUUUGAAUUUUCUUUACGUGUAUUUAAAUUUUACAAUUUUUACUUUUAAUGUACAGGAUGAUUUCAUGUUAAUAGUUUCAAAUAACCUUAUCUCAGAUUUUUGCUUUUUCAGUGUAGCUUAAAUGCAAGUCUUUUUCACAUCACACAUUUAUGAUAUGUACCUAGCAGGGUAUCGGCAGACAGGGAUAAUCAAGGAAGCUAGGGAAACUCAGGAAAAUUGACACAAUGUUAAUUACCAAACUGGAUUUGUGUUUUUUAAUACUAAAAUUUCUUUAAUGUCCUAAAGCCCAUCCUUUUUAAAACACUAAUUAAUGUGUAGUUGAAAAUCCAUCUGUUAGUGUAAGAACAACAACCAGUGAAUGAAUGUAUUGAUGUAAUCAUUUGAAACAUGAUCAAUUGUUGAUAGUCAUUCACCUGGUCACUAUAAAUUUGUAUCAAUGUUUGAAAAAUGUAUUGUUUUUAUAUUACAGACCGACAGCAUUGUUUUUUGUAGCAUUCAUGGAAACAAUGACAGUGUGAAGUGGGGAGGGAAAAAAGAACUUGUCACUUUGACAUGUUAAAUGUAGUCUAAACAUGUUUCAAUAAGUAUCUUUAGUAGUUAUGGAUUGAAGUAAUCGUUUUAGUAUCGGUAUCGGCCUAUGUUCCCAACGGAUACUCGAUCCCCGUGAAAAAAGUACAAAAAUUUUAUUCAUUUAGGUGUCACCCAUAUUUUCUAUUUACCUAUGCUAUGCACAAAUUGUAUGCAGUAAAAUAUUGUAUUUUGUCGACCAUCAAACCUUCUUGUAAUAAAUAAUUAUAUUAAGGUGCUGACUUAUUACUUACAAAUAUUGAAUUUCUGAAAGCUUGCACUGUGAUUAUUUACAGAAAGUACUGUAUCGCUUAUUGGAAAGUACAGUAUCUGUUUUUAUCCGUAACCCCCAUAAUUUCUAUUUUGUUAUCUUGUGAAAUUUAUUGAUGAGAUGGGAAAAAGUUUGGUUGGACGGGAUAAACAGGAAUAACUCAGGGAAAUUGUCUAGAGUAAGAUUAUGGGAACCCUGAAGUAGUAAAUUAGAGGUGGUCGUUGCAGUGAGCUGGUGGGUUUUCUCGGGGUAGUGUUGCUCCCAUUUUCCCUACCCAUUCAUACCACCAAUACUAGUGGCAUUCCUAUGGGAGGGGCAACUGGGGAGAUACAUCUAUCUAUCAUUCUCAUUCUCUCUCUCACACUCGUAUACUCUAUUUCUCUCUCAUUCUCUCAUACUCUCACACACACACUCAUUAUCCCUCUUAUUUUCUCUUUCAUUCUCUUGCUCUCUCAAUUUCUCUAUCACUUUCACUUUCAUUCUGUCUCUCUCCCCAUCUCCCCCUCCUACGCAAAUCAUCCUUUCCAAUUAAUCUUCCACUGGACCUAGUGUGAAUGGACACCCAUGAACAUAAUGCCCGCUUCGCACGAGC